CACAACAAACCUGGCUGGUCCACCACACACCAGGCAGCAUGGUACGGUGAGGACAUUUGUCUGAGAGGCCUGCUGUUAGCUCAGCGUGGGAUGAUCAACAAGCGGUCGGAGCUCGGCGAGACGCCGCUGCUUGUUGCGGUGAGCAACAAGCAGCUUCAGUGUGUCCAGGUGCUGUUGGAAUCAGGAGCGGACGUCAACAUCCAGAACUACGACAAAGAGACGCCGCUGUUCAGAGCCUGUGAGGUGUCCAGCUCUGUGAUCGUGGGGACGCUGCUGAACCACGGCGCGCUGGUCAACCUGUCCUGCACCCGUCAGCGCUGCACGGCGCUGCACGAGGCGGCGUGCCGGGACAACGUGGACAUCUGUGUCCUGCUGCUGGCGUCCGGCGCCGACCUGGAGUUCCGAGACGUCUCCGGCAUCACGCCGCUGUUCAAUGCCGCCCAGAGUGGACAGCUCGCCGCGCUUCACUUCCUGCUGGCUCAUGGAGCAGACAUUAACAGUCGAGCAGCAGAUGGAGCCACGUCCCUGUAUGAAGCAACUAAAAACGGCCACGGAGAAAUUGUGGAGCUGCUCCUGUCCCAGAACGCCGACGCCAAUGUCCCCGGGAAGACGGGCCUGUUACCGCUGCACAUCGCCGCCCAGAGAGGAAGUGACACCCUCGUGUCCCUGCUGCUCCCCGUCACUAGUAGAGCGGCGGUAAGGCGCAGCGGCAUCAGCCCGCUGCACCUGGCAGCCGAGCGUAACCGUGACGACGUGCUGGAGCAGCUGAUCAUGGAGGGCUUUGACGUAAACGCCCAGUUGUCCGCCGAGCGGGCCGCGCUGUACGAGGACCGGCGCAGAUCGGUGCUCUACUUUGCCGUUGCCAACGACAACGAGCACGCCGCUCGCCGCCUGCUCGGCGCCGGUGCCGACCCCGACCGUGACGUGUUCCGGCCGCUGAUGGUGGCGGCGCGCAUGGGCAGCGUGGCGAUGGUGGAGCUCCUUGUGCAGCACGGAGCCGACAUCAAUGCCCCCGUGCCCACGCACCCCACAACCUUCCCCGCCGUCUACAUGUUCUCCAUGAAGGAUCUGCCCAUGUUCAAGUUCCUGCUGGACCACGGAGGCCACGCCCACUCCUGCUUCAGCUGCGUCUAUGGCGCCGGCGCUCAUCCUCCAAUCAGAUUCAAGCACUCGGACCGCGACCUGGGGUACAGCUACAGCGUCCCACAGCAGACGGGGGGCGUUCAGUUCUGCGAGAUGAUCUCAGCUCCGAGUAUCUGCCGGUGGGCGGGGCCAAUCAUUGACGUCCUAUUGGACUAUGUUGGUCAUGUUACGCUUUGCUCCAGAUUGAUGGAACAUCUGGACAGCUUCUCCGACUGGAGUGGCAUCAAAGACAAAGCAGCCCCCCCGCGGCCUCUGCUCCAGCUCUGCCGGGUGCAGAUUCUCCAGCUGGUUGGACGGCGCCGGGUGAAGAAGCUGCCACUGCCCGGAGGGCUGAUCCGGUUCCUGCAGCACCAGGAACGCUGUGGGGACCACUGCUGAUCCUGUUCGUUCAGCACCAGGACCGCUCUGGGGUCCACUACUGAUCUGGUUCCUGAUUCUACCAAUCAGCUGAGAGGAACCUGAUUCUACCAAUCAGCUGACUGGUUGUUCUCAUACUUAUUUCUUACUCUCCAUCUUCCGCCUGUUUUUUGUUCCACCACUAGUUCAGGAGCGUUGCUAGGACAAAAAAUACAUCAAAACAUGUGUAAUGAUCGGGAAUGGUGUGCUAUGACUUUUCUAAGAGAUUUGCCACGCAGUUUUCAC